AUGUGCAAGGCAGGAUAUAUAAUGGACGCGAUGGGCUAUUGUCGCUGUGAGACAGGGUUUUAUGAUUUUUUUGAUGGAGAAAAUACAGUUUGCAAAGGUAAAAAAUAUUUAGCUUGUGAUAAUAAUUGUGAUAGUUCUUGUGGGGGCAGUGAAGAUUGCUAUAAAUGUGCGGAUACCGCUAUUAAUUACAGCCAGCAGUGCAAAGAAAUUAAUUUUGGUUAUAAGACAGCCUUUAAGGAAGGAAUAAUUACAAUCUUUUUUGCUUCUGAUAUUAGCUAUUAUUUGACUAACUCUCUAAAGAAAGGAGGCUAUUUUUUUUAACUGAAAUUAGUAAUUUUAUAAUUCUCACGUAAAGUAUUUUGCUAGCUAUAAGAGAUGCAGUAUCCAAUAUAUUAGAAAUCAUUAGAACUGCUUAGGAGUGAUUAUCAUCAUAUUGGCUAUGUAAAAAUCGUCUAAAAAGGAUUGAGAUUAAUUUUCUCGAAUUUUCAAUAGAAUCGUUUUAUUAAGAAUGGUGAGGUGUAAGAAGAAUUUCAAGGUAAAUUCUAAUGACGGAAGAACUUUUGAUACAGAAAGUUGGUGGGUAGAGCGUUAUAACUUGAAAACUUAUAAAAUCCAUACAGACUUGGCAAGAAGUGAUUUGCCAGUAAGCGUUGUUCUUGAUUUUAAUCGUGGAUAA